AUGUGUCUAAUCGGUCUUUUACUCCCCUUCGAGCGGGAGAAGGAGACGCGAAGGCAUAAGAGCAGAAGCUCGAGUCACGGACGCUCUAGUCACGGACGCUCUGAGCGCCCGCACCGAGAACGAACCCAUCGACGAGAGAAGGAGAGGGCGAGGGAUUCGGCCGUGUUGGCUGAAGAGGCCCUGGCGCGGCUAUGCCUCUCGCUGGAGCACAGUCUCGUCGAGGAGCGGCAGAGAUGGCAAGAGCAAACCCGGCUGGACAUGUCAGAAAGGUGCCGCCUAGGACUCGAACGAGAGCGGACGCCGUUCGAAGAGGCGCCGCCGUACAGCCCCCCCAACACGGCACCCGAAGCAAAACCCGAGCCGCCGCAUCCGAGCGGCCAGGCCGACAGUUCCCAUUCCCGUGGCAAAGACUCGGCUGGCACGACAUACUGCUGCCGCCACUGCGUCUGCACCCGCUGCGGUUCCGCCAUCAUCGAGUGCCCGGCGGUUCCCGAGCUCGACGCCACCCGGAUCGGAACCUUCACGGACAGCGGUGCCGAUUCGCGGAAACGACAGUUCCGGUCGAGUGGUGGCCCACACAAACCUUGA